GUGCAAUUUUCGCACAUCAGGCCUACCGUCGGUCUUGGUCUCGGAUUGCCGUCCGAUACCAUGACCACCACGGUCACCGCGCACGUCGGGCUUGGCAUCCACAUUGACUGCUGGUUCCUUGACGAGGACGAUGCAGAGACGCCGUCCCCUGUGUUCGCAGCCCCAUCUGUACCGACCCCUUCGCCAGACCAUGCUGCUGUUAUUCGCAGCAGUAUUGCGACGGUUGGACUGGGUAUAGAUAUUCCGGGGUGGGACAUGACAGAGUGUUGUGCCGUCUAAGGCAGUACUCGCACUGUUCGCGUUACACUAUGUUACCGCAUGCACGACAAUUCUCCCAAAAAGAAUGCAUGCAGUAGCGUUGUGACGGGUAGUCCUGCUCUAUUAUUUAAAGACGCAGAUGAAUGCCAAGAGUGCUAGUCAUUCAGUAGAGAGCUUCAUCUUAGACGUC